AUUUGUUAAGGGAUUAUAUGUCGACCGAAGUAAAGACUUUUCGAAAUGAGCAUUGACGGUAUGAUUUAAGUCGACGGUGCAAUUGUCGACCUAAUUUUGGACGUUCAUACAAAAGUAUGUAAGGCAUGAAUAUACAUUUAACAAAGGAUUUUAGACGUGAAUAUAUCUUGUGCACCUUGAUUUUCAUGUAUGACCAUCUGUGAGUUGCCAACCUGAAGUUAUUGUUCUGAAGUGGAAUUAUCGAUAAAACGGGAGGAUAAGCAGUGUUGCUUUCUUUCAAAACCAAAAUUGUUCUGCUUUUCGUUUGGUACCUUAUUUAUACACCACAUACAUCUAUAUCCCACCUUCUUUAGGACUGAUAUCAUUCAACAAUCAGUAAGGACGGGCGUAGGUUAUGUGUUAUCCUAAUCAACUACAUGCACCGUCUUUAUGUUCGCAAAAUCCGCCUCAACAGGAUUCUAUCUUUGGAUCUCAUUAUAGUGUAUCAGUUCACUUAUUUCAUCAUCUGUCUAACAAUAAUGAACACAUCGCGACGUUGUUCAUUAGACAUUUUGACACAUGUUUUUAGAAGGAUGAUCUUUCAUUUUGUGCAUUCCAGGGCUCUUUCUUGGGACAAAAAACAAAGGUAACCAUGCGCCGGCAGCGUCGACGUGCGGUGAUCAUGUUAGCCGGACUAAUGAAUGCCUUUCUUGGAGCGAGUAUCGGCUAUUCCGCAGGAAUAAUACACCUUGGUCUACUGGAGAAACACAAGAAGUCUCCAAAUUUGGUUUCCUGGGCAGGUGCUCUAUUCACGAGCGUGUUUUGCUUGGCUGGUCCCAUCUCUAGUUCCGUUGUGAAUGCCCUGUCAUGUCGGUCGGCCAUUUUCCUGGGAUCUUUCCUGAGCUUUGUGGGAUUUAUGGUUUCCAGUUUUGUAUCACGUAUUGAGGUUGUAGUCUUCAGUUAUGGAAUUGUUGCAGGAUUGGGUCAAUCCAUGAUGUACGCCGGAACUAUUUUGGUCACGGGAUUCUAUUUCCAUGACAACCCAUCGGUUGCCACAGGCGUGGUGGCGUUAGGGGCGGGAAUCGGAGUGGCGGUGUUUCCAAUGUUUACAGAGUUCCUUAUUGAGACCUAUGGAAUUGAUGGAACGUUUCUCCUCUUAUCUGCCGUCAGUUUGCAGGUUGUUGUGUUUACCAUGUGUAUAGAAACCCACGAGCUAGAAAACAAAAGAAAAGAAAGGUUCAAGACAUUUAAGAUGAAAGUAAAGUUAAUUCUUCAGGAACUCCGACAAAUAUUUUCCAUGGGUGCUUAUCUACAAUUUUGUAUUAGCAUUUUCUGUUGGAGUACCAGUGUUAAUACUUCUUUAUUACUUUUACCGCAAUAUUAUGUUAGCACGGGUUCAACACACACAGAAGCUGCCAUCCUUAUGUCUCUUUACGGCAUUAUGGGUUGUUUUUCCCGAAUUAUGACAGGAUUAGCCGCUUCUGACCCACGUGUAGAUGGAAAACUUUUGUAUAUGGGGUCUUACAUCAUUCUAGGGUUGUGCACAAUCUUUCUCCCCCUUAUAGGCAAUUCUUUUUCUGGAAAGAUAUUUUAUUCGUCAGUACUUGGAAUAUAUUCUAGCAACGUUUGGUCGCUUCUCACACCUAUUACAAUUGAAAUUGUUGGCAUUCAACAAAUGCCCACAGCUUUUGGAAUGGAAUUGUUGAUUGGAGGCAUUGGGUUUUUGAUUGGUCCAAUCAUUGGAGGGAAAAUACAAAGAGAGACUAAUGAUUUUACUCUUGUUUUUAUAAUAUCAGGACUCUUAUAUGUUUUAGCAGGGAUUUUUGAAAUGUUGAUGAUACUAACGAUGGCAAAAUCUGAAUCGUUUCCAAACAGAAACAACAUGGAGAGAACGGUUGAGGUGGAGGAAAAAUUAAUAAGCAGCCACGUUAUACAGGUCAAACAAUUAAACGACUUAUCACUGAUACUGAGUGAUAAUGCUGGUAACUCAAUACAUACCAACGAACGCUGACAGUACUAGUUGCACCGAACUGACACCGUUGUGUAAAUAAAGUCUCGGUAAACUUCCGAACAACUUUUCACAUCAACUCAUGCAUGUUCACCAAAAUUUCCUUUGAUAUGACCUAAGUGUGUUCCUAAGAUGUAACCUAGGAAAAAUGUUAGGAACAUCCUAGGAUCAACGUACGAUAUCUCUUAAGUUGUAGCUCGACAGUAACUUAAAACAUCUUAAAUUAGGAUAUCCUUUCCUACUAAAAUCAUUAAUAUUUUUCACAUAAUUUAUACAGAUAGAAUUUCUCAUGUACAGGAAUACAUCAUGAAACAUUUUACCAGGGAAAAUUAUACAUGUACACUGACAUGAUAGAUCUAAAACUAGUAAUUUUGAAGUGUAUACAUUUACAAAAAUACACAUUUUCUUAGAUAUAUUUAAGUUACAAUCAAUGAAGGCAUUAUGUUUGACUGACAAUUUAUAGUACUCUGUAAAAUGUAAAGUAAAUGCAAGUACAUAAUGCUAGUUAUUUUUUAGACUGAUAGAAUUUUUGUCGACAUCGUAUCGUAGCAGUGCAGUGUUUAUAUGAAUGUCUAAAAUGUCUUUGAAUUGAUUUGAUAUAUACUUCUGCAUAUAAACUGGGUAUUGUUUAUAUCACCAAGAACUAGUUCUUGCAUCCAGUUGUUUUGUACCAAUAUAUUAAAUCAUAAUUAAAUUAAUUAAACACGAAAAUGGUGUUAGAUUUUGAAUUAA